AUGAAGCCAGGCUUUCUCCUCUCAGCAGCCAGGAGGCCUGUGGCCCUCCUCUUUACCAUUCUCUUCUUUAUGAGCCAAGCUCUACCAGCCAGGGGCAGAUUCAAGGAGGUCUGUGAGCGUCCAAAUGGCGACUGCCAGGAAUUUUGCCUUGAAUCAGAACGCCAGGCUGGGAUAUGUUUAAAUGGUCAAUCCUGCUGCCUGCCCAUGGGGAAUGAGCCCAUCAUCGAGCCUACUACACCCAAGGAAUGA